UCUCCUUUUGCUUUUUUCUUUUGAGUUCAAAUUUUAAAAUUUAAAAUCAUGUUUAUAUCAUGUUACUGGACAGUUUCAGUUGAAUGAAUCGAAUUUGUCUUUUCUUAGGUUCUGCUCUCAGUGGACUCUGUAAACUCGUACAUUGAAUGUGAUUUUUUACUAGUACAAGGCAUGAUAACUAUGGUAUUGCUACAAUAAAACAUUUUUUAUUUGAAGAAUUCAUGUUGUUUUCCUCGCAUCCGUAUAAGUGGUCUGAAUUUCUCAGGAGAGAAGCCAGAGACCCCAGUGUUGGAUGUAGUAAACUAUCCAAUCCACAUGAAGAAUCUGUCGAUUGAAAAACUUGAGGCGCUUGCUGAUGAGCUUCGUGAAGAGAUUGUUUACACGGUGUCAAAGACCAGUGGACAUUUAAGUUCAAGCCUUGGUGUGGCAGACCUAACAGUGGCACUUCACCAUGUCUUCAACACUUCUCAGGACAAGAUCAUUUGGGAUGUUGGUCAUCAGCCUAUGCCCAUAAGAUUCUCAUCGGAAGAAGAUCUAAGAUGCACAUCAUUCGACAGACUGGUGGACUUGCUGGAUUCCCCAAGAUUGCUGAGAGUCUUCAUGAUGCCUUUGGUGUUGGUCACAGUUCUACUAGCAUUUCGGCAGCCUUAGGGAUGGCAGUUGCAAGGGACCUGAUUGGAAAAAAUAACCACGUGAUAUUGGUGAUUGGUGAUGGGGCCAUGACAGCAGGACAAGCCUACGAGGCCAUGAACAAUGCUAGUUUUCUUGACACUAACCUCCUCAUUAUAUUGAAUGACAAUGAGCAUGUCUCUCUCCCCACAGGCCUGGCGCAUGCUUCUUUGAAGAGCUUGGCUUGUUCUACAUCGGCCCGUAGAUGCCCAUCAAAUGGACGACCUUGUCCACAUUCUCAAGAAUGUGAAGGGAAUGCCAUCACUCGGCCCUGUCCUCAUCCAUGUCAUCACCGAGAAAGGUAAAGGCUAUGCUCCUGUCGAAGCUGCACCCGACAAAAAGCACGGUGUCGUCAAGUUCGACCUUAAAUCCGGGAAGCAAAUGAAGACCAAAGCACCCACACAUGCUUAUUGAUAAACCACUAUUUCAUGGUUUAUCUUGUGCUAAUUUGAGUGGUUUUAAUCAAUUCUUUACCCACUUAUUCAUAUGAUUUGCAUGAUUUUACAAUUCCUUCCCAAUUUAAUUCUAUGGUUGAAAACUUGCUUCCUAGACAUUUAAAUUAUAUAUUUUUAAUUCCCCUUUAUACCAUUCAAUGUUGUGAUCUGUGCGUUAAGUGUUUUCAGGCUUUAUAGGGCAGGAAUGGCUUAGAGGAUGGAAAGGAAGCUUGCAAAAAUGGAAGGAACGCAAGAAAACAAAGAAGCUGACCAGCGAGGAGCGGCGCGCGCGUGCACCUGGUGCGUACGCGCACAUUAGCGCAUUCACAUAUUGAUGCGCACGCGCACCUAGCGCGGACGCGCAACAAGCAAAAAGCACAAUCGACGCGCGCGCACCUGGUGCGCACGCGUGACAUGCGCGACCUGCAGAAAUCACGGAAAUCGCUGGGGGCGAUUUUGGGCCAGUUUUAAACCCAGUUUUCGGCCCAAAAACACAAACUAGAGCCAGGGAAUAGCAGAGACUCAGGGGACAUUCUCAUUCUGCAUAGUUUUAGUUUAGUUUUGGGAAUCUAGAGAGAAUUCUACUCCUUCCUCUAGGUUUUCUUCACAUUCAUAGUUUUAGAGUUUUAGUGCUUUGCUUUGGAUAUUGAGAAGAUUCAUUACCUCCGUUGGAGCUUCCUCAUUCUAGUUUGUCUCUCUAUUAUUUACUCUUUUAUUGCCCAUUGACUCUGUUUAGAUAAGUAUGUUCAUGAUU